AAGCUGCCUCAAGUGCUGUAUUGGCUGUUUUCUUAUUUUUUGGUACUUUUGUCGUCAACUAUAUUCGGGUGUACUUUCCAAAAGCUAAUUUCGCCUGCAUCUUCGCCUGUAUUAUCUUGACGGUAAAGUCAUCUACGGAUUUGAUACAUGUUAUUAUAUUUACCAACGUAAAAACUUAUAUUUGUUCCCUAUUAUUUAUGCAAAGAUGACAAUGACAAGUGCAAGCAGUAUACCUGGAUUUCAACCUGCGGUGAUGUAUGCUAUAUUAAUCCCUAUUGCAGUUGGUACCGCCAUCACGUUAGUAGUGACAGUGCUGAUCUGGCCAGAAGACACAAUGACCAACUAUUUGAUUUGCCUUUCAAAUAGCCUCAACGAGUACAAUUCAUUUUUCAAGGAUCACUCGGACGCCUUUGUCUCACUCUCGAAAACAUCGCUCCAUGUUGGAUUACGUCAAUUACAUUCAAAAAUGCUUGAUUCUGUACUGAUAUUGAUUGAUAGCAAAAGGGCUGUACAGCGUGAAAUAUUGUAUUCUUACCUUUCAUCCAAGGACUGCAGCAAAAUCACAAAAAUAGUGAAACAAAUGCGUGCCCCUUUACAUGGUAUUGGAUUUUCUUUGCUCAAGAAGAAAGAAGGAUUGGGACUUGAUGAUGCUGAAAAUGAACAGGAUGCCUUUACCUAUAUUGUGACCGAUCAAGAACGUCAAGCUUUCAAUGAUGCUCUGACAGAUCUGAUUCCCUUGUACACGGAAAUGGCCAGUCUCUGUCACGUUAUUUUAAUGACAACCAGUGAUAGAUUUAGCAAGUUUGGAAACUCACCACGUUCAGCUACCACUACGUUUCUAUGGCCAUUCAUACGGUUCAAUAUAUUCAAGAGGUGGCGACAAAACAAAUCAACAAAUGACAACGAUCUCGAAAAAGAUACGACGAACACAACACUGGAAUACAAAAAUAACUUGGAUCGACUUGGCAAAUUGGUGGCAGAAAUGGAAGCAAUUGCAACACCAGGGAUGAUCACUUUUCUGGAAACAAUUCAUUUACAAGAAGAUAAAGAUCCUCGCUAUGGUCUUUUGUAUGUACUAUUCUGUUAUCAAAUGAAUCUCAAAGCACAUAGUACCAAUAUCAUUGAACUGGCUGAAACCUUGAUACAACUCGAACAUGACCGACCCUCCAAAAGAUUCUGGUUACCUUCUAUUACUCUGAAGAAAUGGUUCCAAUCAUCUGUAUUAGAUCCUCAGGAUGGUGGCGACAAUCCAACAUCAUCUGAUCAAGGUUUGAUUCGAACAAGAACAAGACCGGAUGCUCUGGAUGAUGACAACUUGGCCGCAUCCUCUCGUUUAGAUACUAAAAAUUAUAAAGAGAAGAAAUCAAGAAAAAAAGCCAAGUUUUUACAUUUGGAUCCUGACCUCUAUCCUCCGUCCAACAAGAUCGAACGAUUCUUCUUCUCAUUACAUUUGUUCAAGAAAUGGUGUUUUUCUAUCAAUACUUUUUUUGCUUUCAAGACUGCAGUUGCUGUUGUUUUACUCUCAAUUCCUGCUUACCGAAGAGAAGAUGUUGGAUGGUACAAUGAAUGGCAAGGUCGCUGGGCUCAGAUUACUUUGGUAUUAUGGCUUUUCCCUAUGGCUGGCAUGUUCUACUUGUCAAGUCUUUUGCGAUUCGUUGGUACCGUUAUUGGUGGAGUACUGGGUAUCGUGGUCUGGGAAAUCUCUCGUGGAAAUCCUUAUGGUCUUUCUGUUUUAUGUUUUGUGUGUUUUAUGUUUUUCCAAUAUGCCUUUUUGUUUGGUCCGCCAUAUAUGCGACCUCUCCAUAUGGUGGCUAUUGUCACUUUGGUAUUAGUGACUAUCUAUGAAAUGCAGUAUAUUCAAGAUCAAGUUUCUAAUCAUGAUGAAGUCUAUACUGUUGCUGGAAAGCGCAUGCUUCUGGUAAUAAUUGGUAUACUUGGAGCAACCAUCUUAAAUAUGAUUCCUAGUCAAGUCAACGGCCGAGUGGAAUUACGACGAAGAUUGGCAAUCACUAUCACGCAAGUUGGAAGAAUGUAUUCACUAUUAACAUCCUCUUAUAUGGUCCCUCAUGAAAAUCCACCAACCGAAAAUCAAAGAAAAACUUUCCGGAAAUGGAUGGUGGAAGUCCAACGACAAAUCGCAGAUGAACGUGCUUUAUUGAUGACAUCCAAAUUCGAACCUUCUCUUCGUGGUAAAUUUCCUUUGAAGGAAUACACUACUCUGGUAGAUAGAGUAGAGAAUAUGGCUGAUCUUGUGGAUGCUAUGGUCUAUGCUGCUAGAUCCAUUGAUGAUGAUUGGAGAGAUCAUAUCUCGACGAUAUUAAUGAAAGAACGACAAGAUUACGCAAGUCAAAUCAACCUCGUAUAUAUAAGUGUUCAGUAUUGAUCUCAUGCUUUUUUCUUUUUAUAGUUAUCAUCCAUCAUGGUGGGAUUAAAAUUAACAGCAGGCUCUCUUUCAUCCAAAAUGUCCUAUCCACCGUUCCUACUGACUCCCGAUAAAGCAAGAAAUAGAUUUAGCAUUGCUGUGGAAAAAAAGAUGCGGAUUCAACGACGUGAUUUGAACGUGGACACCUUACCCAACUUUGCCGCCUUUGGUGUGUAUCUUUUGGCUUCUUCUACCUUUGUGUCCGAAUUACAAGUGAUACUCAAUACUGUGAUUGAAAUGGUGGGUGUGGAUGAUCCUUUCGAAUGGAAAGAAACAAAUAAAUAGAAUCCAUAUUAUAAUUAGUAUUGUAUGUUUAAUACCUAUAUUUUGUUUAGUUUUAUUGAAUAAACAAGUAGAUUAACUAGUGAUCUAAC